GAGGAGGAGCUUUGACGGCAGCGCACCGGAAGCAGUACGGUAGGAGGCCCGCUGGACCCGGGAGACGUGUCUUUCUCGGAAACACUGGAGGUACCUUCCGCGGCUCUGGUUUAAAGCGGCGACUAGGCGCGUUUUCAUUGUACCCAUCGUGGGAGCAGCCGGCCGAGCAGCGUGGGGCGGCGGCGGCGGCGAAGGCCGGGACUGGGGGCGUUGGCGGCCGGAGUCCCAGCCAUGGCCGACUCUGUGGAGCGUCUGCAGCAGCGGGUACAGGAAUUGGAGCUGGAAUUGGCCCAGGAGAGAAGUCGGCGGACCUUAGGGGGCGGAGAUGGAGGGUGCGGCCGGGCCCGCAUCGAGAAGAUGAGUCCGGAGGUGGUGGACUCCAACCCUUACAGUCGCCUGAUGGCACUGAAGCGAAUGGGAAUUGUAAAUGACUAUGAGAAAAUCCGAACCUUUGCUGUAGCAAUAGUGGGUGUUGGUGGAGUUGGUAGUGUGACUGCCGAAAUGCUGACGAGAUGUGGCAUUGGUAAGUUGCUACUUUUUGACUAUGACAAGGUGGAACUGGCCAAUAUGAAUAGACUUUUCUUCCAACCACAUCAAGCAGGGCUAAGUAAAGUUCAAGCCGCAGAACAUACUUUGAGGAACAUUAAUCCUGAUGUUCUUUUCGAAGUACACAACUACAAUAUCACCACAGUGGAAAACUUCCAACAUUUCAUGGAUAGAAUAAGUAAUGGUGGAUUAGAAGAGGGAAAGCCUGUUGACCUCGUUCUUAGCUGUGUGGACAAUUUCGAAGCUCGAAUGACAAUAAAUACAGCUUGUAAUGAACUUGGACAAACUUGGAUGGAGUCUGGCGUCAGUGAAAAUGCAGUUUCAGGGCACAUACAACUCAUAAUUCCUGGAGAAUCUGCAUGUUUUGCGUGUGCUCCACCACUUGUAGUUGCUGCAAAUAUCGAUGAAAAGACUCUGAAACGGGAAGGUGUUUGUGCAGCUAGUCUUCCUACUACUAUGGGAGUGGUUGCAGGCAUCUUGGUACAAAACGUGUUAAAGUUUCUGUUAAAUUUUGGUACUGUGAGUUUUUACCUUGGAUACAAUGCAAUGCAGGAUUUUUUCCCUACUAUGUCCAUGAAGCCAAAUCCUCAGUGUGAUGACAGAAAUUGCAGGAAGCAGCAGGAAGAAUACAAGAAAAAGAUAGCCACACUGCCCAAACAGGAAGUUGUUCAUGAAGAGGCGGAGAUAACACAUGAAGAUAACGAAUGGGGUAUUGAGUUGGUAUCUGAGGUUUCAGAAGAGGAACUGAAAAAUUCUUCAGGUCCAGUUCCUGAGUUACCUGAAGGAAUUACAGUGGCAUAUACAGUUCCCAAACAGCAAGAUUCUGUACCUGAAACAACAGUAGAAGAUUCUGGGGAAAGCUUGGAAGACCUCAUGGCCAAGAUGAAGAAUAUAUGA